GAAGCGUCAACGCCGUGUGUCUGAUCAUAGGGAUAAAAUAUCAGCCCUUUUGAAUAAUGAUUUUUGUCAGAACUGCGCCCUACUCUUCGCAUGUCCCACACCCAGCUUCUCGCCCUUCCUAUUUUCUUUCAGUUCUCCUACAUUCCCUGUCUACCUCUCACUCACACACGUCACUUACUGCUGAAUCACACUUUUAAUUCCCUCCUUCCAUUCCCACCGUGUCGCUCUCUCCUGCAUCAUUUCUCUUUGAUAUUUCCUUCCCCCAACCCCCCUGUUCUCUUGUUUCGUUCGCCCCCCUCAUUUCCUCCGGACUUUUCUUUCCCUCUUUCUCCCUGCUCUCCCUUUGGCAACCCCUUCCCCGGGGCUCACUGGGCCCCGCCUUCCUUGAGUAAAAGUGAGGAGUCAGCCCAGACUGUCCUUAUAUGGAGUGGGACUGACGGCAGCAGAGUGGAGGUGGGUCCUACUAUAGGGAAGCCCACCUUACAUUGUUACUAUCCUCUGCCUGGAAUGUGCUGCCUGAUCCCUGCACUGCGGGGAAGGGAAGAGAAGGGGGAGAGGAAACGACUUUACUAAGGGACUUGCUCUGCUCCAUAUUCCGCGCUAGGACGGCCGAUCAUCCCGUGUCACGCUAUACACGGCAAGCUGGGUGGCUGAAGCUUUUCCAUGUUUGGUUCUUGCAAGGACCAGGUAUUUAGAAUAGCUGAUGUGUGCUGGAAUGGUUUGUGAAGGGAAAUAUUACUCUGCAUCUGGAUGUGUCAUUCUUGAAAGGGGACCCUCAGUCUCUGUCAUAGAAAUCAGUGGAGAAAGGUUAAAAUGGUGACUGGAUGUCCGCCAUGGUGUGCUUAUCAAGAAGAGAAAGGAUAAUAAUUGACUUGCCAAGGAACUCCUAUUAGAAAAAAAAUAAAGUAAGGGCUCUUGUGAGAGCCAUCAAUUUGCUGUAGCCAUGGAACACACAAGCCGACAUCUUCGAUUUAAGUUACAAAGUCUAACCCGCCGCCUAGAUGAUCUGGAAGAAGCUACAAGAAAUCUACAGAAAGCAGAAGACGAAGUUCUGGAACUUCAGGAAAAAAUUGUCCAAGUAGAAGGGAACAACUCUAGCAUGUUGACAGAUGUUGAAGCUUUGAGAAAGAGAGUUGUUAAAAUUGAAGGUAAAGAUGAAGAGGCUAGAAAAACAGAGGACUUGUGCAGGCUUGUCAGGGAAAAACUAGAAAAUCAAGAGAAUAUUACCCGAGAACUUAGAUCAGAAAUCGAAAUUCUCCGAAAAAAGAUGACAGAACUGGAGAAGCUAGAAGAAGCUUUUAGCAAGAGCAAAAGUGACUGCACCCAACUGUGUCUUAGUUUAAAUGAAGAAAAAAAUAUGUCUAGGAAAUUAACUUCUGAACUUGAAACACUUAGGGCCAGAAUCAAAGAACUGGAAUCUUCUGAAAGCAAACUGGAUAAAGCUGAAGAUUUUUUGACUAGCGAACUUGAAAAAAUUAGGUCUUUGGCUGUUGGAUUUACUAAUGAAAGAAAAUAUUUUCUGGAGAAGGAAAAGCAGAAUGAAAAAAUAAUUCUGGAGCUUAAACAGCAGUUAGAGUCAAGAGGUGAAGAAAAAAAUGGAGACCAGACCAGAAAUGAAUCAAAUGUUUUGGAGCGGUCACCUGAUCAGUUUGUGGAACACAAUAAAAUAAGGAUUGAAGACAACCUGAUAUCUAAAUUGUCUCAAGGAGUUGGUUUUGACUACAUUAAAUCAGAGAAUCAAACAACUAGCGAAAAUGAGAGGAAUAAACGACAAGAAGACAAUAAAAUAAAAGAUUUGUGUCAAGAAAUUGAGAAACUCAAAAGUCAGAUAAAACGAUUUGAAGGAAUUGAGGAAGAGCUCAAACAGUUGAAAGAGAAAAAUGGAAAAUUGCAAGAAACCUUCAUCAGUGAACAGAAUAAAGCCAGACAUUUUGAUGAUGAGCUACAGGCACUAAAAAGACAGGGUAGUCUGCACCAUGAAGUAGGAAAUGGGGUUAUCAGUAGUGAUGAAAUAAGUUUACACAGUAAAUCGAAAAAUGAAAGAUCUAACAAGUCAAAAGGAGUAACACCUGAAACUCCUGUAUCAAAAUAUAAUCAGAGAGAGUUGUCUCCAAAACAACUGAGAAAAGAGAGGCACCGUGACAUGGAUGUAGAUAUUUAUUCUAAGAGACAUUUAUCAAGCACAAACAGCAAGAGACCUUUAAAACCUGCUUUAUCUGACAUGACUAUAACCCAUUCAAGGAAAUCUGAAGAAAGACUUUCUUCCAGUGUAUUAGCUGCUAAAGAUAUUGGAGCGCUACAUGACACAAAGAAGGCUAAAGAUCAGCCAUCUGUAUUAAGUCGGUAUCCACCAGCUGCCCAAGAAUGUAACACCCAAAAAACAUGGAAAGCAUCAACAGGAAAUAAAGACAUAUCCACAAAACAAUUUGGGGAAGACUAUUCUAUUAAAGUUACUCCUAUUGUUGACAACUCAAAGAAAGAAAGCACAUCUGAAGAAGAGGAAGAUUUAAAUGAGACUCCAGACAAAGUCAAUUCAAAUCUUGACGAAGAGGUGCAGUUGGAUGAAAAUGUUUCAUCUGCAUUGCAUUCUCAACCCGUUACCUCUGGGUUAGAGGUGACAUCUCCAGAUAAAUAUACUGCAAAGAUGGUGGAAGUCCAAACUAAAACUCCUAAUUCAGACACCACUGAAAUAAAGGAGACCAUAUCUCAGGAUAGACCUUCCAGAUACUCUCGUCUUAAAUCGAGAAUGGAUAGCAUUACACAUUCUUCCGAUACUGCUCAAUCCCCCAAGCCACUAUCAAGUAAAGAUGAAAAAGAUUUACUUGGCAAUCAGAAUUUAAAUUCAAAUAGAGUGUCAUAUAACAGAGAAAGACAAAGACCUUUAUCAUCUUUAAAGCCACAAAUUCCUGAAAAACCUCAUAUUUCAGAAUCUACUGAAAAGAAAGAAUGGGACAAAAGAAAUGUAACUUCAAGAAUUCAGAACAGAAGACAGUCAAAUCCUAAAGAAAAGACACCCAUAUUAGAACACAGGAUUUCCCAAUUUGAUUUGGACAGCCAUCCGCAACAAAGAGAUUCAAUAUCGGAAAUAUCCAGGAGAACAUCUUCUGAUAUUUCAGAAAACAUUGAUAAACAUACCCGCAUAGAAAUAAGGGCAAGAUCAUAUAGCCCAAGAGAAGCUUUGCAAUCCACCGUGAUUAUUAAGCCAGUUAUUGUUGAAAAAGACACAAAAGAAAGUAUGGGUGAAUACAGAGCAAGAUCCAGUGCGGAACAUAGUAGAUCACCAGUUAAUACAACAACAACAAAUAAAGUGACAAGUAGUAUAACAUUUUUUCCAACCGAAUCACCUUCCUCUAGGUCGAACACAGAUGAGAUCAUAAAACAAAGGCAUACUUCUACUAGUAAUAUUCGGCUAUCUGCCAAUGACCAACCUUUGUCAAACAACAUAAGUAUUCCAUUUGAAAUAUCAUUCAAUAAACAAGACAUGUUAAAAUUGGUGGAUACAAAUAAUGACCUGGAUCGUAAAAAGAACAGCCACGCUUUUGACCCUGGCAAUCUUAAAGAACAAAUGAAAAACAACAAUAAUAGUGUUGGCCUAGAAAGUGCUUUGAUGAAAAGUCAUGAAAUUGAAGGCAAUCAUUUGGAUAAUAAAAGUGUAAAGGUUAGAAGUUCUUAUGGGCGCAAUUUGUUUGGAUCCACUGAAGAACUAGAUAUUCUGUCUAAUCACAAAGAUGUGUCGGUGGAUACCAAGCAUAGGCGGAGAUCUGCAUUUGAGGAUGAGAGACCUGGGAAACUUCGUGCACGGGAAAUUUAUUCAAAGAACAGAAAUUCUUUUGAAAAUAGUUCAAGUACAGUCAAUGACAUUGUUUCCAAAAGGAGCUUAUCUGCAAUGGAGAAUACAACAAGAAGACAUCCAGUUAAUGAAUCUUCUGGACUUAAUUCCUGGAAUCGCCUAAGCACAGAGUCUCAGAGUGAGUACAGUUAUAGCUCUAGGAGAAAAGCGAACAAUCAUGAAAAACUGACAAAAGUCGACUCUUCCGGGAAUAAAUCUCAGCAUCAUCAGACAAGCAUGGUGGAAGAGCGGAUACGGCGGUUAGAGCAAUAGCCUAUAGGGAAAUACAGGAAUAAGAAGGGUUUUGAAACCACAGACCUCCAGAGAUGCACACUCCAUUAAAAUCAGAAGAAUGCUGCUCAAUUGACUGUGUAUCCCCACACGCUUCCUUCCAAGCAUUGUAUGGACUGUAAUCAUCUUGUAUAUUUUGUUAAUGUAUAUUCCUUUGCUUAAGCAGCAUAUUUUCAAGAGAUGCAACUGCAUGAUCUCUCAGGGUAACAAGAAAGGCACAGAUAUUAUAACUGUAUAUAUACAUAUAUAUAUAUAUAAGUUCAGAUAAUGGCAUUUGGGGCAAAUCUAUAUAUAGAGUUUUUUCAUAUGCAGAAGAAAAAAUUGGUUUGCAUGGCUACUGCUCUAAAACAAUUCGGUACUAAAAGUACAUUUUUCCCCUCUACCCCCUCUGUUAUAUUUUAAAUCAAUUUUAACUUAUAAAGAAUACUGGGGGCAGUUAUUUGUGCAAAUUCCCUGUACAGUGUAGGUUCUGUUUAUUCAUUCUGCGCAUGCACCAUUGUAUAGAUAAGAGAUGUUUCUUACAGUUAAUUAUUGUAUGUGUGUAUAUAGGUGCAAAAAAGUGAACUCAUACAAGCAUGUGAUGAAAAACAAUUUGUUUGCCUUUAACAUUCACAAAAUGUUGAAGAUGGAACCUUAUUGUGUACAGCAGCAUUUUGUUUCUGCUUUCAACAAAAACCAUCCCUCACUUUGAUGUUUUAAACAGAAAAUUCUAUUUUAAUGAAAAUCAGAAAUGUAUACAAGACUACUGAAUAAAAUGUACCUGUUUUCUGUACCUUAUAUCAGAAAAUAUAUUUUGCUAUUACAUAGACACUAAAAAUGGCUGGGGAUGAUGGGAGUUGAAUGAACCAAAGAAAUUCCAGGAGGAAAGCAUUUGAAAGCACUUAUCAUUCAUUGUGUCACUUUUAAUAAUCAACAGUAUAUGAAGCUCUAUAGUUUUGUCAUCUAGUUCAUAAACUGACAAUUUAACCCUCCAGAUGUUAUUGAAUAGCACUGGUGGGUUACAAUUAAAUAACAUUUAUAGAAUCGCCUGUUGCCAAGGCCUGGCACUUAACACUUAGUUGUCACUAUUUACAUUGGAAAGUCAUAAUUUCUACCCUCUAAAAGUGCAGGGAUAAA